AUGACUUCUACAACCAAUGACACUCACGCCUUUCAAUAUCAACUUAUCGAGGAAGUGGAAAUGCUAGAAAGCCGGUACCGAGUGAUUCACAAACUGGGCCAUGGGACCUUUUCUACAAUUUGGCUGUCACGAGACGAGCAAAAGGCAGCCUACGUGGCGGUCAAGGUAAGCACUGGAGAUUCCUCCGCUCAUGAAGCCAAGACAUUGCGUAUGCUCAUGAAUCGCUGGCCGGCACAUACAAACGGGCGUCCCUUGAUUCCCGUCCUCCUGGACGAAUUCGAAAUUAAGGGCCCAAAUGGGCAUCAUGAAUGCAUUGUCACAGCACCCGCUCAGAGCAGUGUAUCUGCAGCAUCAUUCUGUUGCUACUUUCAACUAGAAACGGCUCGUGUUUUAGCUGCCGAACUUGCUCUAGCUGUUGCAUUUGUUCAUGUUCAAGGUUAUGUUCAUGGAGAUAUUCAUCUUGGAAACAUCCUGAUACACCUACCUACUAGCCUUGACAAGCUCUCAGUCCAGGAAUUCUAUGAGCAGUUCGGUGAGCCCUAUACGGAACCAGUUGUGCGACUAGACGGACAGCCUCUCCCUCCUGGCGUUCCUGCUUGUGGGACAAUGCCGGUCUGGUUAGGAAAACGAGCAGUCGACAUUCCGCCAGAUGAGGCCCAGCUUCUUCUUAGCGAUUUUGGCGAGAGCUUCUCUCCUUCCGACCCUGAGCAGCGGCGACGUGGGCAGGACUGUCCCUCGCCGCUUCCAGUCAUACCGCCUGAAGCUUACUUUGAACCUGACAAGCCUCUUUCAUUUCCCUCGGACAUUUGGAGUCUUGCAUGUGUAAUGUAUUCCAUAUUUGGGUUGCGAUGGUUGUUUGAUGCCACACUUGCCACUCGACAUGACAUAGCCUCUCAACAAGUAGAUGUCAUUGGAGAGAUUCCGCCUGAAUGGUGGAAUACAUGGGAGAAACGCCUUGAGUAUUUUGAAGGGAUCGGAAGGCCUAAGAAAGAUCGGUUUGUUUACCCAUCUCUUGAGCAGAGUUUCGAGAAGGACGUACAGGCCGCACGACAGAGGGAUAAUAUGUCUUCGUUCGCCAAAGAGGAGCAGGUAGCCAUUCUAAGCAUGCUUCGCUCAAUGCUGGCAAUGAAACCUGAGAAGCGAGCAACAGCGACGGAUGUACUGAGCUCAGACUGGAUGGUGACCUGGGGAUUACCAGCUGUGAAGAGGGCCAGUGAUAACCGUAAAACAGGUGUAUGGCAUGGCAAAAAGGCUGAUGCAAGGUCCUCUUGAUUUAAACUAGCUGGCUGUGUAGCUCUUGAGCGCAUCUAUUCCUGAUCUUGAACAAGCCGAAGGAAUGGUGUAGCACUCCAUGCAAGAGGCGUUGGCAUUCAUAUCCUUGAUGUUUCUACAUAAUGUCUAAUAUGGUCUAACCUGACUAAAGCAAUUUCAUGGUCUGCGAAACCUCUGAGUAGUGAACAGCCAAGAAAGGCAUCCUUUCGUUAUUUUCAUCUUCCUUGAGGGUAAUAUGAAGAUCGCGAACUCUGUCAUUGGUCGAAUGAUGGCUGAUGUGAUGAAAGAUGUCUAUAGAAUACGAUGGUACUACACCUAUCGGAAAAGCACCACUAGAGUGGGCAUCUGUACUCAGAUCUAAUACAUUUCUAAGUGCAUGAUGUUCG